AUGGCUAGCGAAAAGGGUGUGCAGCCCGAGGUGACAAGAGAGACCAAACUGUCCAAAGAGACGGCCGAGACGCACCCUCAAAAGGGAAAAUCAGUCGAAGAACGAAACGCCGAUGUCACCCUGCGGCUCCUCGAAGAACAUGGCGACAAAUUCGGACCCUUGACGCCCGAGGCGGAGAAGAAGCUUCGCAGGAAGCUGUACCUCCGUGUCAUGCUUCUCCUGUCUGCUGUCAACAUUAUGCUUUUUGUGGACAAGUCAACGCUCGGCUAUGCUGCCAUUUUGGGUCUAUUUGAAGAGACAGGCAUUCGUCAAACCGAGUACAACAAUCUGAACACCAUGUUCUAUGUCGGCUACCUGGCAUUUCAGUGGCCGGGUCACUACCUGAUGCAGCGACUGCCGUUUGGCAAGUAUGUUGCGACCACCGUCUUCUGCUGGUCUGUCAUCAUUUUCCUGCACUGUGUGGCUACGCGCUAUGCCGGCCUCAUUGUCAUGCGGCUCGCACUCGGAGCGGCUGAGGCCGUCAUUGUGCCGGCUAUGGAGAUCACAAUUGGCAUCGGCGCCAUGGUCACGGGCUUCAUCUCGUACGGCCUGCUGUGGGCGACGGGGCCGGUGCUCCCGUGGAAGCUCCUCCACAUCGUCACGGGCGGUCUCACACUCCUCCUCGCCGUGUGGGUGUGGAUCGACUACCCGAGCAACCCGGCCGAGGCGCGAUGGUUGACGCUCGAAGAGAAGGUGCAGGUGAUCCGGCGGGUGCACGCGGCGCAGCAGAGCUCGAUCGAGCAGAAGCGGUUCAAGCGAGAGCAGUUUGUCGAGACGCUACGGGACCCCGUGUCGUGGCUUUUCGCACUGCAGUCGUUCACGCUCAUGUUCUCAAACAAUCUCAACUACGGGCAGAAGAACCUCAUCACGACGUCGAUCGGUGUCAGCCCACUGGGGUCGACGCUCGUGGCGGCGGCGGGCGGGGGGUUCGGCGUGGCGUGCUGCGUCGUGGCGACGUUUGCGCUGCGGCGGUGGCCGCGGAACCUGGCGCUGCACGGGACCGUGUGGUGCAUGCCGGCGGUGGCCGGCGGCGUGGCCAUGGUGACGGUGGACUGGGAGCAGAAGAUUGGGCUCCUGGGGUGUCUCAUCCUCGCGGCGUCGACGUACGGGGUCACGUACAUCAUCGCGCUCGGGUGGACGACGUCGACGGCGGCUGGGUACACGAAGAAGCUGACGCGCAACGUCAUGUUCAUGCUCGGCUACAGCGUCGGCAACCUCGUGUCGCCGCAGAUCUGGGUGGCCGGCAAUGGGCCGCGGUUCUACGGCGCCUGGGCGUCCAUGAUCUCGGUCAGCUGGGUGGGCACGCCGAUCAUCUUGUGGAUCAUCCGGUUCAUCUUGGCGCGGCGCAACGCCGAGCGGCUCGAGUACAUUGCGGGCCUCAACGAUGACGAGCGCGAGGGCUUUGUCGAGACGGUGGGCGAGGACGGCGAGGUGGUCCGCACCAAGGUCAGUCUGGCUGUGCUGGACUUGACGGACCUGCAGAACAAGCAGUUCAUCUAUCCCCUGUGA